GAAGCUGAGGAAGUGUUAAGUGAAGUAGAAACAAAGAACUAUCCAUCAGAAGUUCGUGAUUGGUUGACGAUGACAUUCACAAGGUCACUGUCAAAUGUGAGAAAAGCCGAAGACAGACUUCACUUCAGAGGGGUGGCCACAGCAAUCAGGGCCGGCAUCGUGGUUGACAGGUUAAUAUAUAGGCGUAUGUCCAGUUCUGUCGGCAUUCACGUCCCUCCUAACGUCCUCCUACAAAUGAAGGACUUGGAUGAUUGGAAUUUCGAUGUUUUCAAAGUCAACGAAAUAGGAGAAGGUCACGCCCUAAAAUACGUUGGAUAUGAGCUCUUUCAGAAGCAUGACCUCAUCAACAAAUUUAAGAUAAGUACAAGUGCUCUUGAUAAUUUUCUUGGUAAAUUGGAACAAGGCUACAGUAAGUAUAACAAUCCAUAUCACAAUCUGGUCCACGGGGCCGACGUUACUCAGACGACACAUUUUGUCAUCAGCAGCACUGAUUUUAUUCUAUGGCUGUCGGAUCUUGAUGUUUUUGCUGUGUUGGUCUCAGCUUUAAUUCAUGAUUAUGAACACACUGGAACGACGAAUGCAUUUCAAGUUAAUACAAAAUCUGAAUUGGCCUAUCUGUAUAAUGAUAGAAAUGUUUUGGAGAAUCAUCACGUCAGUGCAACAUUCAGACUCAUGAAAGAGGAAACGAACAACAUCCUAAUGUCUCUAACAAAAGAAGAGUUCAAGGAAUUUCGGGCACUUGUCAUUGAAAUUGUUCUUGCCACAGACAUGUCAUUUCAUUUUCAGCAGCUAAAAAACAUGAAAAAUUUAUUAACCACACCGGAGAAUAUAGAUAAGCCGAAAGCCUUGUCACUGUUGGUACACUGUGCAGAUAUCAGUCAUCCUGGCAAAAACUGGAGGCUUCAUGAAAAGUGGACCAACCUUCUUGUUGAAGAGUUCUUCAGACAAGGUGAUCGUGAAGCUGAACUGGAUUUGCCAAUAUCACCUCUAUGUGACCGAAAAAACACAAUUGUUGCUGAGUCCCAGAUCGGUUUUAUUGAUUUUAUCGUGGAUCCAAGUUUUCAAGUGUUAGGCGACAUGUUAGACAAAAUAGUAAUUCCUUUAAAAGAACAAAAGCAAGAAUAUGCCUCUGAUGAAAGUAAAAUUUCGACUAACGUUCCUUCAAUCUCGAGUCCUUGGUCUUCUUCAUCUUGUGCGAAAUUCAACGAAGACAUCGGUUGGUUUUGCUUUAGUUAUUUAGCUAUAAAACUAUAA